UUCAGCUAACGGCGUUUGUGUUUUUGUCUAUUUAGGUGAAGUCUGUGCCAUCAAACUAUUAACCUCCUCCUGCUCCCCCCUCUGGUUGUUUUGUAGGUCAAAAACCCCGUUGAAGUCAUCCAUAUUCAGAAGUGACAUCUUUGUUCUUUCAUUUUUCUUAUCUCUCUUCCUGCAUGCUGCGAUGCCUUCGAGCUGUGAGCUUAAAUCUACUCAUCCUUUUCACACACUUUGCUUGUACCCACCCGCUCCAGGCUGGGAGAUUAGCUUUUUGUUUUUUUUUCAUUUCCUUUUUAAGUUUCGUGGGGGGGUUUUCCCCCUGUCAAUGCAACCAUGCACAGCCCGCUAUCUUUUAAUCCAAAUUGUCAUCGUUCCUUGCUUUGAUUAUCUCGGCUGUGUGCUUUUGGAGCCAUUAGUAAUAUUUUUACAAUUUCUUGUGGCUUAAAAACAAAUCUGCUCAAAUGCUAACUGUUGACAUGCUAACAUAGCAAGAUAGACAUUACAGUAAAGAAAGUGCUGAGGGGGCUAUAUUGACCUGUGUGUGUUCAUUGCGUACACGCACACAAUGUAUUUGUGUCUGCGUGUUUAUCUCUUUUGUCAGACCCCCAAAAAGAAGCUGGUUGUCAUGGCAACACACCAACCUCCUCUUACAAUGGGACUGUACUGUAUGACGACCCCAAAAAAAGUCCUUAUAAAUUUGAUUAUUACUCGCACAUACACGCACUGUUUUUGUGCUAAAGUUGUCGCCAGGAGCCUUUUUAUCGCCAAGCCUGUUACACGCUCCUCGUCCCUGAUGCUUAUUGCCACGGCAACCGGCACGGCAAGGCAGCAAAUUUGGCCAUAACCGUUUGUGUCAGGAAGAGAAAUUGCGCGCGUGUUGGGGCGGGGGGGGAAUUACACAUUGUGACACACACUAGACCCCCACUGUGCUCUGAUGUUUCAAUUUCCUUCCCUGGCGUUUAUCUGACUUCCUCUCCCUUGAAGAGACUUCAGAUAGCAGUCUCUCUCUAACACACGCCAACGCGCCCUCACACACAUACUGUAUAUCAAACAGAGGGCUUGUCGGUGACUUUGUCGAUUUGCCUUUAAACGGGUGGAAUCAAGAAGCCGUUUGCAGAUCAGAAAUGUGCCUCUCUUCAUUCUCCUCUCCGCCGUCCCCCCUCAUGUUUCUCAAAGCACAGAUGGAGGAGGACAGAAGACCCCCCUGGAAGAUGGACAAAUGGGAGCUGGCGUGCCACAACUGCACAAGGUCACUGACGGUGUAGUGGUCCAUUGGCGUCCAAUCUGGGGUGUCACCUGCCUAUCGACUGAAGUCAGAUGGGGUGGACUCCAGCUACCCCGAUAGAAAUGUAGUUUUGUAUUACUUUUAUUUCUCAACUCAACUGUAUUUAUAGAGCACUUUCAAACAGCCAUCGGUGCAUACACAUUUAUAAAAUAUAUAAUUUGUUUCGUAUAGUUUUUUCAUAGUCAUUUUUACUCAAAUCACCUCGCUACCACUUUUGCGUCUUUAAUUUAGUGCACGGUAUUAUUCAUCUGGAUUUUGAAGCGAAUUUUCCCGUCGAUUGAAAAGAAUGGAUUGUGUUUGCUGCAGCAGCGCCCUCUUGCGGACAAACUCAAUGCGCACAGUUAAUGAUGCACCUACAGAGCCGCAGGUGCAGGCGAGCUAACGGGUCAGUUUCUAUACAGGCACAGCCGCACCGGAAGCGCCUUUCAAACCUUGGACGUAAAAUGUAAGGCUGAAAUAACCAAUGUACAACGCCAAUGAAAACGUGGGUAAUAACAAUACUCAUUCGGGGCUUCAAUUUGCGCUUCGAAACGUAACGGAAACGAUUUACCACGUCUCUUUGAGCGGCCUCUAUUAUCCGUAGCUUUUAGUUUGAAGUCGCUUAACAACAUGUCAAUACUUGACACAUCAGACUUUCUAAUUGGCGUUAUCCGGCGAUGCUCGGUGCACCGGUACAGCGGCCGCAGCUAGCAGUAAAAUAAAUGCACGAAUAAAAUCACCCCUAGGAGCCCGCGUGCAUCAUGCCAAUUCGGACGAGGAUUUGACACUGAACGAGGGUGAGUAUUUGUGGAAAUUGUUGCCAGCCGCCGAGAUGUUGAGCGUGGAAGAGGAGUUCGAGCUGAAGGAGGAAGAGCCUUGGUACGACAAGCAAGACCUCGAACAAGACCUUCAGCUGGCCGCCGAGCUGGGCAAGUCACUGCUGGAGAAGAACCGUGAGCUGGAGCAGAGCCUGCAGCAGAUGUACUCCACCAAUCAAGAGCAAGUGCAGGAGAUUGAGUACCUGGCCAAGCAGGUGGAGCUCCUGCGGCAGGUGAACGACCAGCACGCCAAAGCGUACGAGCAGCUGGACGUGGCGUCUCGCGAGCUGGAGCAGAGCAACCGCACGCUGACUCGGGACAAUCGCGCCGCCCAGCACAAGAUCCGCGGGCUGACGGAAACGGUGGACCAGCUGCAGACGCGCGUGGACGAGCUGCAGCGGGAGGCGGACGACGUCAAGUCGCAAGUCGCCCGGGGGGACCGGCAGAGGUGGCGCGGCGGCCAGAGUCUGGAGCAACUGCCAAAACUCAGGCGCUGUGACGACGACGAUCCAGAAGAAGCGCAUCUCGGCGUAGACUGGCGCGACGGCGUGCGGUGGUGGCACGAGGAGCAGCAGGCGUCGCUGUGCCGCUCGCUACGCAGCCUCCAGGCUCAGUACGCGGGAGAACGCGCCCGGCGGGAGGAAGCCGAGCGGGAGGCGGGGCUGUUGAGCGGGCAGAACCAGGCGCUCGAGCGGCAGCUGGCCGGCAUGGAGACGUUCAGGCUGCGAGUGUCCGAGUUGGAGCGAGAGGCCGAGGAACUUCGUCACCUCCGGAAGUCCCAAUCCUUUUCUCAGCUGAAUGUGGCUUACGCUAUCCCCGAGGAAGAGGCGGAGGUGGAGCGCGACGGCGAAGCGGAGCCAAGUGGCCGGCGGCCCCUCAAACGCCGGGCGAGCGAGCGUCUCCUUCGAGCCGAGCGAGAGUGCCGGUGUGCUCAAAGGUCCGCGGAGGAGGAGCGGGGCGGCAUCUCGCUGCUCAACGAGGUGGACGCCCAGUACAGCGCCUUGCGAGUCAAGUAUGAGGAGCUCCUCAGGCACUUUGCAUUACAGCAACGUCACCGAGAGGAGCCGAGGCACGAGGCCGUCCAGACCGCCGAGCGCAACGCCGGCUUCCGGCAGCCCGAGUACAAGGAACUGUUCCGAGAAAUUUUUGCUCGCAUCCAGAAAACCAAAGAGGACCUGGAGAACAGGGCCAGGCAAGGCCACCCCGCACCGGAAGAUAAAAAGCAGGUGGAAGACGGGCUUUGAAUUGCAACCUAACUCCCCAAAAUGCCUGAACCCCAUCAGGGUUCCCACUCUUCCACGAGCUUUUUAUUCAUGGGCCUUUUGAGGGCUAAUUUUGCCAUCAUUUAGCCUUGCACGUUUGCACCCAUUCGAGGCCAUCCGGUUGGCAUUCGUUGUUGGUUGUGCGCUUUCGCAGGUCGUACUGAGCCGACGGAACAUCCGUGCACUUUUAGCCCCAAAAAAACCGACAAUGUAUAGUAAGGCGUUUUUGGCCUGGAAAAAGAAGAACCAUGUUUAGUAAGGUGUUUUUGGCCCAAACACCUUACUAUACAUGGUUCUUUUUUCCGGGUCAAAAAUGCCCGACUAUUCAUGGUUGGCGUUUUUAGCCGAAUAAAAUGACCAUGUGUAGUCAUGCGUUUUUAGCCGGAAAGAAACAACCUAUUCUAGUAAGGUAUUUUUGACUGAAAAAAAAAAAGAUUCGACCAAUAUUUAUUUUUUCGCCAAGAUGGUACCUGAGUAGAGUACACUUUAAGAGUCUUGUUUUUUUUAUUUUUAUUUUUUGUAUUUCAUCACGUUAUG